AAUAGAACUACGCGGUUUAGUUCGAUUUCUAAUUUAUAAGCGGAACUAAAUUAUAUAAAAUCUUACUAAUUUCUAUAAUUUUUUUUUUAAAAUCAAGCGAAUCCAAUUCGAAGAAAUCAAACAACCCUUUCAAUUUCGAAUCGAUUCAACAAUGACGGAGGAUAGUAACGUUAGGGUUUCUUCUUCCAAUGAAGCUUCGCAAACGAGACAGAGAAAGAAGAGAAAGUGGGAUCAACCGGAGGAGUCAUUGUUACCUGCUGGGAUGGCAGUUCCUGGAGUUCUUCCAUUGAGCAAUUCUGUGCCUCAUGGCGGGGUUGUAUUUCCGGGUGUGACUUCAGCAAUAUCUGGUGCUCUUUUGACAAAUCCUUUGGCAGCUGCAGCUCUGCUUCAGCAGCAAAGCACGGUGGCGGCCCAAAAAUUGAAUCAACAAAAGAUUCAAGAUGAGUUGGUAAUUGCUCGAGAAAUCGUCAUAAAUGAUGCAGAAUCUUCUAUUCGUUACAAAUUGACAAAACGCCAGACUCAAGAGGAGAUCCAGAGGUGCACUGGUACUAUAGUUAUAACUAGGGGCAAGUAUCGACCGCCCAAUGUGCCGCUCGAUGGUGAAAAGCCAUUAUAUCUCCACAUCUCUGCAGGAGCUCAUAUAAAAGAUACGGCAGAACGGAUUUUAGUUGUUGAUCGGGCUGCUGCGAUGAUUGAAGAAAUUCUAAGGCCGGGGCAAACUUCACAGUCAAUUUCUUCCGCCUCACCUUCACCUCUGGCUAAUGGAUUGAAGGUACUGAGCACAAGUGUGUUUUUGGGCUUUGAUGCUGACCCAUCGUGGAACAUUGUUGCCCGUAUACGUGGACCAAAUGACCAGUAUAUAAAUCACAUUACCAAUGAAACAGGAGCAACCGUAAUACUGAGAGGACGUGUUUCAGGAAAUGAUGAAGGGUCAACUGGAGAAGAUGGACAACAGCCUAUGCACCUGUUUUUGUCUAGUGACAAUGCAAAAAGCCUGGAACAGGCUAAGUCCUUGGCGGAAAAUCUUUUGGAUACAAUCAGUAUGGAAUGUGGAGCUUCAAGGAUUUCAUCAUGUAAAGCUUAUAGUGCUGUUCCACCUCCACAGCCAGUAUAUACUGCUGUUCCACCUCCACAGCCAGUAUAUACCGCUGUUCCAUCACCCCAGCAGGUUUAUAGCGGCCCUACUGCCAUUUUGCCCCUACAACAAGGUUAUAGUGCUGUUCCACCCCCACAGCAGUUGUUGGCUGGAGUUCAGAGUUUGGCAGCAAGCUCAGGCAUAACCACUACAUCAUUGUCAUUGACCGCAGUUUCGACACCAAUUCCUCUAGCAAACACAAUUGGUUAUACUCCUUCUUUAGUAUCAGGUGGAACUAGCUACAUUGGAUAUGGUGGAAUAUAUCCUCAAGCUACCCCAUUGCAACAAGUUGCCCUUGCCCUGAGGCACUCACCUCCUGUUGCUUCAACAGUUGCUCCAACAACUUCCGGAUCAAGCAGAGAAUCGAAGUCAACCACAAGCUCUGAUCAUGAAAAAGAGGACAAAUGGCCAUCUCUGCGGCGGAAGUUUCAAGAAUUACCAGUUGUCUCAAAGGGCACAAGACACAAUCAGGGUGCAGCAACAAUGGACAUUGAUUUGCCAGAUGGUAUUUUAUCCUUUAUCUUUUCCAAGUUAACUUUGAAGGAUCUGAUCAAAACAUGCACACUGUCCAAACACUGGCUUCAGGAAUGGAGAUUGUCAUCAAGGCACCUCAAUUUUGAUUUCCAUAAUACAUUUCACUGCAAUACACUACCUAAACACUUUCCAACCCUCCAAUCUCAAUCUCAAUUUACUGCAGCAUUGGAUCAAUCCAUAUCAAACUAUCAACAUCCUACCAUUGACUCAAUACGAGUACAAUUUCCUUUGGGUGAUCAACAUAGUGAUGUCAUUGAUAGAUUGAUUUCUCUAGGAAUUGCCAAGGGUGUCAAACAUAUUCAACUAUUAUUCUCCGACGACGACGAUGAUGAUUUUAUAGACAAAAUUGAGCGUUAUAGAUUUUCCUUUACUCUCCUAUCAUUGUCGACCACUCUAACUUAUCUGCACCUACAGAACUGCCACCUACUAGAACCUAUGGAAUUUUGUGGGCUCAAGAAUCUCACUACUCUUGUCUUGCAAAUAACUCGUGUGGAUCAGGUUUUCAUUCAGGGCUUGUUUUCCAACUGCCUCCAUCUUCUAGACUUAACCCUCCAUAAAUGUGUCCUCUAUUCGCCUAUUACUAUAGGUGGUCCAAAUUUCAAAAUUGGCAGUUCAAAGUUGCGUCAUCUGAAAAUAAUUGACUGUCGCUAUGGGUCCGUCUCUCCUAGUAAGAUAUCUAUUGUUGCCAACAAUCUGUCAUCCUUUGAAUAUAGCGGUCAUGGCACCAGGAAAUUUGCUAUUAUGGCACCAAAGUUAUCUAAGGUUUUUUGGAAUGCAGCCGUAAACGAGAGAAAUAGAAACUCCUUGGGUUCAAUUCCAAAAUUAAAUCAGAUUGAGAAUCUGGUUAUAAUCACCACUCACUCACACAUAUCAAGAUUAAAGGCCUUGAGCAGAAUUCGAAAACUUAAGCAAUUGGAGUUAUUUAUCGAUAAAGGGCAUUUUCCUUAUAUUGAUUUCUAUUCAAUUUUAGAUGUUUUAAUGGCUACUCAACAUCUCCAAAAGCUUUCUCUUACGGUUAGAUAUAAAAGUUGGAAUGGAUUUCUUGUUCCAAGAAAAACUGCAAAGUUUUUUCACAAUGGAUUGGAAUUUGUGGAGCUGCAUGGUUGUGUAUGCAAUUCACAGACAAUAGUAUUUGCUAGGAUGUUGUUGAGAAAUGUGAAUUCGCUUAAGAAAAUUACUUUUAGCUCUUGUGACAAAUUUUAUACAGGUGCUGGAGGAUAUACUGCGAGCUCAGAUAAUAAUGGGUUUAAUCGGAAUUUUAUUUUUGAGAGCUUGAAAGAUGAAGUAAAAGAACAUUGCCAACUUGUUAUUUUGUAGAGUCUUGUUUAUUUAAUUUUUGUAAUCUUAUUUUAUUCAUAAUUUUAAUGAACUUCGAAACUUAUCAUUUUGUAGUCUUGUUUAUUUAAUUUUUGUAAUGUUAUUUUAUUCAUAAUUAGAAUGAACUUUGAAGGGGUUAUUCAUUAUUCAUAAUCAAUGAUGUCCUAAACGAUCUUAUUUGUAUUA